AAGCGUGGACGGGAUGUCGUUCAUAUUUCGCAGUCCCAUCAAUGCUGAAUUCAAGCAACGGCAAAGUCAGCUGUUUUGCGAGCAAGUUGAAUCUGACUUUUGCUAUGGGAACUAUAGAGAACUGAAAUUUUAUCUACAUAAGUAUUGCAAAGCGAGCGAUCGAAUUUUAGCAACUGGCUGCAAAUCGACAAGUGAUGGAGAAACUCUCUUUAUCGAAGAUUUGUACGAUGCAGGCUUCCAUGCUGUCGUUGGGGUGGACAGCUCUGAAAAGAACAUUUCUACUGCAAAAGAAAGGAACAAAGAGAACAGACCUGAAAUUCAAUUCGUUGUGGCGAAAGGCUUUAAAAUUGAUGAUGAAGCUGAUAGUUUCAAUGUACUAAUAGACAAGGGAGAACUGGACAUGAUACGUAAAGAACAAUCUUCUUUUGAGUUAUAUGAUUUUGCACAACAUUUUGAAGCAGUACAACGCCUUUUGAAAGUUGGUGGCCGAUAUAUUUGUUUUUCAUUGGCGACAACAGAUGUUUUGGAUAAACUUCUGGUCUAUUUUUCAUCUGGAUGGUUCUUUAGGGUGCACAUGCUGAACACAGAAUUAUUAGAUGGAAAAUUGGUUUCAUUUCCCUUGUUUUGUUUUAUCUUGACAAAGACAAAAUCUGCAGGUUUAUCAAGUCAGCCAUUAAAAAUCAUUGAAGUAUGCCUUGAGGGAACAGAAAGCAUCCAGAGAUUGAAUUGUUUUUCGGAAGUCAAGACUAAUCUUCAAGAAAUCCAGCAGUAUUUCAUCACAAGGAAAUCUCUUGAAAAGUUGAGACCCAAGCAGCACCUCAAUGUAGACUUGUAUUUAUCAUCUGGAGGUCAAAAACAAAGAAGUGAACCUCGUUAUUCAAUGGCAAUUGUAGACAUUCAACCUUCAUUGGCAAAGAAUGGAAAGUUUGCCAUAUUUAUUGUACCACAAGGAAGGGAAACAGAAUGGUUAUUUUCGUCAAAAGAAGGACAAACAGAACUCAGUACAAAUGCAGGUUUUGAGCGUGUUGUGGUUGUGACUCUUGGGAGAGGACACACCUUUACUGACAUGGAUGCUAUUAAGGGUGAAUUGUCAACCAAAGUCAUGGAACUUGCUCCUCGAAAACUUAGCCGUAAUGCACAGGUACCCUUCCUUUCUGUCGGUGAAGAUCUUGGAAACCGUGUAGUUUUGUAUGAAGGAAAUUCACAGUCGAGUGGAGACUAUGUUGUGGAAGAUGUCGACGGGGAUGGAGGACAGAAAUUUCGACGACUCGUUUUUCUUAGCAACAAGAACGUAGUGCAGUCAGAGGCCCGACUAAUAACAGACAGAACAAAUGUUAAAAAGGGCAAAGGAAAACAGAAGGCAAAGGUUCAUAACAACAGCAGUCCCCGAGUGGAUCAUGGGUAUUUAGCUUGUCAGCAUCACAGAGUGAUUGUCACCGGCCUGGCCUGGAUCGAGGGAUUUUGUACCACAGACGAAAAGAGGAAAGGCUUGAUAGUUGGCCUCGGUGGUGGAGGACUGGCAAUGUUUCUGCAUCAAUACUUCAAGAAGCUUUCUGUAGAGGUCGUAGAACUAGAUCCAUCCAUUUCUGAAAUUGCCAAUAGUUGGUUUGAGUUCAAAGAAGAUGAUAGAAUGCAAGUCAUAAUUGAAGACGGAUUGAAAUAUAUUCGAUCCAAAGAGAGCACUCCAAGCUAUGAUGUGAUUAUCUUUGACGUGGAUUCUAAAGAUACGAGCGUAGGAAUGAGUUGUCCGCCACAGGCCUUCGUGGAUAGAGCGUUUCUCAAACAGGUUCACUCCCUGCUAUCUCCUUCAGGAGUGUUCGUUUUGAACUUGGUUUGCCGCAAUACCUUCCUGAGAGAGCAAGUUGUCAGCGAUCUUCGGGCUGUUUUUCCUGAGCUUUACACCAUCGGAAUCGAGGGGGAAGUAAACGAGAUCGUGAUCGCUCUUCCACAGCUUAGAUACCAAACGGACUGUGAAGAGAAGAAAUCCCUUGACGCUCUUAAAAAUAUUUUUCACAACUCAGUCAUGAAAUUACAGAAAUUUGCCAAGAGUCAAAGUCAUUCUUGGGAUUCAACCCUUGAUUUGUGUCAACUUGUAAAAGAAGUUCAAAUUGUAUAGAGGAGAAAAAAAAAAUUUAACGAACAAUUGGGUUGUUGCUGUUGUUGCUUCAUUGCGACAAGAAACUCUACCUUAGAUAUUCAUAAGAUUUCUCUCAAGUAGAGAGAAUUGCCAUGGAAAGCGUUAAGUCAAGUCCCAAAGCCCCUGAGUUGUUAUUUGACACAGAAAAUAAAUGAACUAUAGAGGGAACACAGGCAUGUAAAGAACAAAGUCUACAAUUUUAAUGCUAAACAUCCGUUGUUGUUAUACAUCGCGAAAUAAACACAAUAAUUUACAAAAGAA